GGGCUGCUGGGGGCGCUGGGGGUCUCCCCCCGUCGGUCUCUCUUUCCGCCCAUGGCGCUUUGCGUGCCCGGGGCGCCCCCAGCUCGGUGCCGUGGGGGUCACGGCCUGGCCCUGCCCCACACGGGAGGGGCCAGGCCCCGGACUGACCCCUGGUGUCUUUCACAGCAGAGCGGCCCGGCCCGGCCCGGCUCGGCCCCGGAGAUGUCGGCCACGCUGGACCUGAAGUCGAAGGAGGAGAAGGACGCGGAGCUGGACAAGCGCAUCGAGGCGCUGCGCAAGAAGAACCAGGCGCUCAUCAAGCGCUACCAGGAGAUCGAAGAGGAUCGGAAGAAGGCCGAGCAGGAAGGCAUCGCGGUGACGGGCUCGCGCCGGCCGCGCCACUCCGAGGGUGAGCCCGAGAGGAAGCGGGCGGACAAGGACGUCUCCAUCACUGUCCAGGUCUCGCUGUCCCCCGGGGAGAAGCGCGUGGUCAGCGGCAGCAGGUCCCCCGGCGCGCCCAAGGCUGGCCGUGGCCCACCCCCCCGGGGUGCAGGGCGGGUCGGACCGUACCCCUCCAGCCGGUCGCCGCGGGCGGAGCAGCCAGACCUGCCGGGCUGGGAAGGGGCAGGAGGCGCCGGAGGGGAUGGGCCGUCUCCGGGCGGGAGAGGGCGCAGGCCGCGGGGCCGAGGAGGGGCCGGCGCGGUCCCGGGGGCAGGAGACGGAGGCCCUGACAGGAAAUCCAAGGAGUGGGAGGAGCGAAGGCGGCAGAACAUCGAGAAGAUGAACGAGGAAAUGGAGAAGAUUGCGGAGUAUGAGCGGAACCAGCGGGACGGGCUGCAGGAGAAGAACCCAGUGCGGAAUUUCCUGGAUGACCCGCGGCGCAGCGGCUCCUUCCAAGAGGCCGACCGCAAGGAGGGGAGCCGGCGGCACGUCCGCAACUGGGGGGGGCCUGACUUCGACAAGGUCAAGACAGGCAUGGAGAAGGAGUGGCACGCCCCGGGCCGCCGGCCAGGCCCCAAGAGUGGGGGGCCGCUGGACAUGACGCUGUCCAUGACGGGCCGGGAGCGGGCCGAGUACGUGCGCUGGAAGAAGGAGCGGGAGCAGAUAGACCAGGAGCGGCUGGCGCGGCACCGCAAGCCCACGGGCCAGUGGUGCCGGGAGUGGGACGCCGAGAAGACGGACACCAUGUUUAAGGAGGGCAGUGGCACGGUGCCGGGACCGGACCCGGGCGCCAGGCGUGACGAGAACAAGCGCCCCCCCAGGCCGCCCACCUUUGGGGAGUUCCUGUCCGAGCACCGGGCCGAGCGCAGGAGGAAGGGCCAGGGCCGACCCGUGCCCGCCAAGCCCUACAGCAUGCACGACAACCGGUGGGAGGAGAAGGACGAGGGGCCGGUGGUGGAGGAGCCCGACCCCCACCACGAGGAGCCGCAGCAGGCGGAGGGGCUGGCCACCCAGCUGCCCCCCGAGCCCCGGCAGCCUCCCGACGAGGAUGAGGACCAGUGGGAGGAUGUCAGUGAGGAGGAGGAGGAGGAUGAAGGCCACCUCAGCUCGUCGGGCGAGGAGGAGGAGGCAGCACCCCCGGUGGAGUCCCCGAAAGCCCCGCGGGCCCUGAAGGUUGGGCGGGGCCCAGCCCCCAAGCUGGACAUGCCGCCGCCAGGAGCCCAUGGAGGACAGGGCAAAGCCCUCAGCCCCUUCUCCCCAGCGGAGGGCUACCAGCCUGUCUCAGACUGGGGCGAGGAGAUGGAGCUGAACUCGCCCCGGGGCAGUGUGGGGGACAGCCCCCCCCAGGCACAGCGGGCAGGGCCCCCUGGAGAGACGGCAGCUGCAGAGCCAGGCGGGCGGCGCACGGCCGAGGCCGCACGGCAGGAGGAGCCGGCGGGGAGAUUGAUGGCGCUAGCAGCCCCUGGCGGCACAGAGAGGCCUGAGGAGCCGGGGGUCCCUGCAACGCAAGCAGCCGCAGAGACCCCGAGCCAGCUGGAGGCGGAGCCGGCGCCGGGCGCGGUGCAAAUCACGGACGUCGAGCAGGAUCAGGGAGAGCCGUGACGCCCCAGAGCCACCCCCGUGAGGCUGCUGCGGCAAAGGCCAGGCAGCUCCCUCCAUGACAUGCACAGAUUGGUAGAGCCGUGCGGGCAGGACGUGCUUUGAGGCUCAGCUGUGUGGAUGUUGUCUGGGUUAACCUCCCCGGGGUCCCAGCCUGGGGGUGCAGGGGUGUGGGUGGGUGGGUGGCCUGGAGGGUUUAUUCUGGUGGGAAUUGCAUGACACCGAGCAGCAGGGCGAGGAGGUCGUUCCAGCAAGCGGCGCAAGAUGUCUGGGAUCCCACGUGCGUCUGUCCACAAUUAACCUCCCCUGCUGGAGUCCAGGAGGGCCCAUGGCUAGAUUGUGUGUCCCCCUAAUGGGAUUAAGGAGUGACCUAAAUCCCCGUGUAAAGACUAUUUGAGCCAGGGCCCCUGGUGCAUGCGGCUGCCCCUGGCUCGCCCUGCACUGCUAGCUCCGAAGUCCAGGGACCACAGCUAGCCCUGUCCAAGCACGGCUAGCCAAGGUCUCCUGUGCAGGGAGGGCUGGAGCCAGCCAUGCUUCGCCUCUUCUCAGCUGUAACCAUUGCAAGGGGCUGUUUGCGGGCCGGCUGGAUGUGUCCCUGUCCUCCUGGUCUGCGCUCCCAGGCAGCCGAUUCCACCCACUGCUGUGCAGUCUGUGAAUCCUUUCCACAGGGGGUAGAACUCCCCCACCCACUCGCUUGGGGGGGGAGGAGCUUGGGGUUAGAGGUGUUUUCACUCCCCGGUGCUGCCCUGGGAUGCUUGGUUGUCCUGCCCAGGUCUCCCCUGCUGUCCGGCCGCUUUCGAUCAUGUAAAAGCAAUGCCCGUGUACCUGACUUUCUUACAAUAAAACCUUCACAAAGCC